GAUGGACCAGUGCUGUAGCAUAGUGGAGAGUACACCCACCUCUUCUUCUGGCCUUUUAAAGUAUACCGGCUUAUCAGCCAUAAAACACUGGAAUAUAUGGGAGGGCAUACCUACUUCUUCCUCGGGAACUCACCCAUCUACAUAGUAGUACGCCCACCUCAUCCACUACACCACUGGAUCAGGUACUGACUUGAUAUGAGCCCUGAACUGGCCAUUGCAUGUUUAUCUAGUAAUGAGAUUUUGAACAUGCAGCCUGUGUCACCUUUGAUAUGUUAUGCUUAAAUUGUCCAUAUUCUUAAACACAGGAAAUAUGACUGUUUAGGGGGAUGUGCGUGUAGGGGGAGGCUGAAUAGAGGCACACGGCUCAUCUUUACCCCUGGGCACCCUAGCAGGGUAACCCACCCUGUUGCAAGUAUCUAAAAUAGCUGCUAUCAAAAUAGUGGCCUCUGCAUACUUUGAUUUAAUUCCUAGGCUUUAUUUCCGUGCUUAAACAUCUUACAGGAAACAGGGGGAACUUCAAAAUAAAAAUGCGGUCACAUGAGGACACAUAGCAUGUUACUGAGUUAGUGGAAGCUGAUGGGAAUAUGUUUGUUUAAGCAAUCAGAGUGUAUUUUAAAUGGAUGAUUAACCAUGAUAUUUAAAACUGAUGGGGAAACAUGUUUAUUAAAAAGCCAAACUUCAUGUGCUGGACACAUAUUAGCUCUAAUAAUACGAUCCAAAAUUAUGAUAAAGCGAAUAAAGUCCACGCUAAAAUAAAGAGAAGUGACAUUUAGUGUUUUCCAUACUAGUUUUAGGGUAACUGUCUUGCCAGUUAGUCUCCGCCCCUCCUAUGAGUGUGUGUGUAGUUGACCAAAAACUUGCAUGAUACGACUCGACUGUGAGAAUUUUGGCUGCUUUAUCUACCACAGUUGAACACAAUCCAACAUCUACCAAGGCCUGAAUUUUAAAAGUUUGGCUCUCUGCGUCGAACAGAAUGUCUAAAAGUGAAACAGAAGAGAUGAUAGAGAUCGAGAUCGAUGAACGGGAGAAACAGGCGUGCCUGGAGGAAGGGGUCGAGGAGCAGACCAUCACUGCAUCAGAUCUGAUUCAACAAGACAUCGACAUCAAUGAGCCCAUUGGCAAUUUGAAGAAGCUCUUGGAGCCUCGUAUCCAAAUAUCACUGGACGCAUAUGACAUCUGCUUGCAGGACAUCCAGCUUCACCCUGACCACAGCCUCUUUGAUCAAGGCGUAAAGACAGAUGGCACUGUGCAGCUCAGCCUGCAAAUUAUAACCAAACCAGGUGAGGAGAAGCUAAACAUUUUGGAAAUUGUGAAGCCAGUAGAAACAGUGGAGGUGGUGAUUGAUCCAGAUGCAGCAGGAGAGGAGGGAGCACUGGUGGAAGAGGGUCAGCUCAUCGCUGUGGAGCGAUCUGGCCUUUCUGAUGAGACCUCCGAGCAGGUUACACGCUGGGCCGCAGCACUUGAAGGCUACCGCAAAGAGCAGGUCCGGCUGGGCAUACCAUACGAUCCUGUGCUCUGGACGGCUGAUCAGGUGAUCCACUGGGCUGUGUGGGUGAUGAAGGAGUUUAACAUCGAUGAGAUGGAAAUAGGCAGCAUUCACAUUCCAGGUCGAGAUCUCUGCUCAUUCAGCCAGGAAGAGUUCCUACAUAAAGUGCCCAAUGGAGAGAUACUCUGGAGUCACCUGGAGCUCCUGCGUAAAUAUGUGUUGGCAAGCCAGGACCAGUCCGGAGGGGACGCCACUGUCACCAUCGAUCAACCUGUGCAGAUAAUCCCGGCCCAAGUGAGCACACCCACUGCCAUCAAGGUGUUGAAGCAGAACCGUGGCCCCAGAGCUCCCCGAAUUUCAGGAGGAGAGGAGCGCAGCUCGCCUGGCAACCGCACAGGAAACAAUGGUCAGAUCCAGUUGUGGCAGUUCCUGCUGGAGCUGCUGACAGACAAGGACGCACGGGACUGCAUCUCUUGGGUGGGCGAGGACGGCGAGUUCAAACUCAACCAGCCAGAGCUUGUUGCCCAGAAAUGGGGCCAGCGCAAGAACAAGCCUACGAUGAACUACGAGAAACUCAGCAGAGCCCUGAGGUAUUACUACGACGGGGACAUGAUCAGCAAGGUGCAGGGCAAGCGCUUUGUCUACAAGUUUGUGUGUGACCUGAGAACUCUGAUCGGCUACAGCGCUGCUGAGCUCAACAACCUGGUGACCGAGUGCGAACAGAAGAAACUGGCCCGCAUGCAGAUGCACGGCAUCGGUCAGCCCAUCACUACAGUGACGCUGGCCACCACAACACUAGACAAAGACAGUUGAAGGAGGCUGUGGCAAAGCGCCGUCCAGCUGCCAAAGUUUGCUCUCCACCACUGAUUGGAAAUCAACUCUGUUCUCUUCUUUUGACACAGCUGUGUUUAUCAGGCACAGGAAUGCAAGACUGACCCCGAUCAGUACGGAUUAACAACUCUGUUAUUGUCUUUACAAGUUAGACUGAGGCAGGUUAAAAGUUUUAUCUUUUCUUUAACUCUAACCAAGAGACGUGUGUUCAGGAUGAGGAGACAAAUGUCUGCGUGAUUACUGAGAUGUGCUGUUGUUGUGUGCAUGUGACUGAAUGCUUGAAUGUCUGACUGAGCUGUGAGCUUUGUGUAAUGCGUUCCUCGUCUGUAGUUUAGGAUCAUUUCCACUGUAUAUACCGGUACUUCAUGUUUUUGAUAGCCACAAGGACAAGUGUAUUUUCAUAUUUUCCAUUUAUAGAGGAUCUGUUUUGUAUUUUAUUUAGUGUUUGUUCCCUGAAUUGUUGGACCCUUUUUUGUCCACUAGAGGGAAUAAAGUGGCAAGCAUUUUUCUUAA